CUCCCUGUCCAAACCCUCCUUGCGCGGCCCUCCGAACGAUUCGGAGCGCCCCCACUCUCAAAACCCUAAUUUUCCUCCCAAAACCCUAAGCUUUCCCGAAAUGGGACGGCGGAAGGGCGGGAACAAGAACCCCGAUCCGGGUGGCGGCCAGAAGGGCAGCUCUAGCAAUGGCCUCCUCGACGCGGCCACCCGGAUGAGCAUCGCCGGAGGGGAGGAGGUGGACGAGGUGAUGGAGGAGAGGAUCGACAGUUCCAACCUCGAGAACCCGCCCGCAUCCCUAGCCCUAAUCGGCAGCGACAAGACCAGCGCCGACUAUUACUUCGAUUCCUACUCUCACUUCGGCAUUCAUGAAGAAAUGUUGAAAGAUGUUGUCAGGACAAAGACUUAUCAGAAUGUCAUUUAUCAGAACACCUUUCUCUUCAAGAACAAGGUGGUUCUUGAUGUGGGUGCAGGAACUGGAAUUCUUUCUCUUUUCUGUGCAAAGGCAGGAGCAAAACAUGUAUAUGCGAUAGAGUGCUCCCUCAUGGCUGAUAUGGCAAAAGAAAUUGUUCAAGCAAAUGGAUUUUCUAAUGUCAUAACAAUCUUGAAGGGAAAGGUUGAAGAGAUCGAGCUUCCGGUCACCCAUGUUGAUGUAAUCAUUUCUGAGUGGAUGGGUUAUUUCUUACUCUUUGAGAAUAUGUUGAACACGGUGUUAUAUGCACGCGAUAAAUGGCUUAUUAAUGAUGGAAUUGUGCUACCAGACAAAGCCUCUCUAUAUUUGACUGCAAUUGAGGAUGCUGAAUAUAAGGAAGACAAGAUUGAAUUCUGGAACAAGGUAUAUGGCUUUGACAUGAGUUGCAUCAAGAAACUGGCUAUGAUGGAACCGCUUGUUGAUACUGUGGACCACAAUCAAAUAGUCACUAAAUGUCAGUUGCUCAAGACAAUGGAUAUUUCAAAAAUGGCUCCAGGGGAUGCCUCUUUCACAGCACCAUUUAAACUUGUGGCACAACGUAAUGAUUACAUCCAUGCUCUUGUGGCUUACUUCGAUGUCUCAUUCACCAAGUGUCACAAGUUGACGGGAUUCUCUACAGGUUAUAGGCUUAAUUGUGCAUCAUCAUCCCUAAAGACUAGGAUCAUCUCAUUGUUCAGAAAAUUAGAUGGUCAGGGCCAAGAUCGAAGACUACCCACUGGAAGCAAACUGUCCUGUAUCUUGAAGAUGUUCUGAUCAUUUGUGAGGGAGAAGCAUUGGUUGGGAGCAUGACCGUGGAGCCCAACAAGAAAAAUCCUCGGGAUAUUGAGAUUAUGCUCAAGUAUUCAUUAAAUGGGCAGCGUUGCCAGGUUUCCAGAACUCAACAUUAUAAAAUGCGUUAACCUGUGUUAUUUAUCCGCAAAGUGGUACACAUAAUAUAACAGGCUUUUAAGUUCUAAUUUCUUUUCCAAGGCCAGCAGACGCAAUUGGUUUUGCAGAGAUCUUAUACAUGUGAUUUGUUAUUUCAUGUUGCAAUAUUUUAACGCAAUUUAUGAUGUUUGAUGAAUUUA